AUGAAGAUGUGUUAGAUACUUGGUUCUCUUCUGAAUUAUUCCCAUUCUCCACUUUUGGAUGGCUUAAUUUUGAUGAUUUCUUAAUGGUAUUCCAGAAUGUGGUGGAGAUGCAUUAAGAUUUGGUUUAUUAAGUUAUUUGUAAAAAACUUCAAAUUUUAAUAUGAAAAUAAUAAUUGGAUAUAAGCAAUUUUGUAAUAAAAUUUGGAAUAGUUGCAUAUAUGCAUUUCCUAAAUUUCCUUAAGACAUAAACUAUGCUUAAUUAGAAUUUAAUAAUUUAUAAUUAAUAAAUAAAUGGAUUUUAUUAAAACUCAAUCAAACCAUAACUAGUGUAAAUGCUGCAUUUGAUGAUUAUGAAUUUGGUUUAACAACUUAAAAGCUUCUAUUAAUUUUGGCUUUAUGAUUUUUGUGAUAUUUAUUAAGAAGGAAUAAAAAUAUUCUUAGUAAUAAAAAUGAAUAUCAAAAAAUAAAACUUGAAACAUAAAAUACUUUGUUGACAGUGAUAGAUUUAGGUUUAAGAUUACUUCAUCCAAUGAUGUAAUAUUUAUCUUAAGAAUUAUGGCAGAAAUCACCAUUUUAAAAAGAAGAUUCACUUAUAAUAGCUAAGUAUCCAUAAACUAAUCCUUAAUGGAUUAAUUAAAAUGUGGAAAUAUAAUUCGAUUUAAUUUUGAAUGUUUUAAAGAAAAUAAGAUAAAUUAUUAGUAAAUUUGAGUUACCUUCAAAUAAGAAACCUGAUGUCUAUACUUUAAAUUUGAUUAGAGAUAAAUCUUUAGAUGACUUUUUUAAAUCAUAAACUGAUAUCAUGAUUUUAUUAGCCAGAAUCAAAUCAGUAAUUUAUUCUUAAUAUAAUAUAGAUUAUAAUAAUUGCUUAAGGAACUGAACAACAAAAAUAAUAUGGAGUUGAUACUAUAGAUGCGAAAAUUAAGAUUUUUGUUAAUUUGAAAGAUUAUAUUGAAAUCGCAAAAGAGGUAAAUUUAUAGUUAAUUUAAUUUAGAAUGUUAGAUUAUUUAAGAAAUUAAAUGAAUUCAUUAAAUUAAUCAAUUAAUGGUCUUUAAGAAAAGAUGAGUUAAUUCAAUGA